AUGGAUCUGAUACGUCGUUUUGUCACGGAGCUUACAGUCAUUGCAAAUGCAUUUCGAUCUCCUCGAUGGCCACACGGCUUGUUACCGGCCUGUUACUCCGGACCAGCUAUCGGAUUCAGCCCUUCAUGGUCUACGUGGGAAGAUGCAUUCCGAGAUGGUCUGUUUUUAGCCACACCCAAGAAACGCCGAUCGUUAGAACAGAGAAGAAUUCGUAAAUUUCUUCCAUUGAACUGUUACAACAAAGUUCGUGAUGAGACGAAUGCUUUGCGCAGUCAGAUCGGUGAUCGUCUGCCCAGUGAUGUGGAAAUCCGGUUUCAUUAUCAGGACGAUCCGACCGGCCUCACUGACUAUCCGGUGCGCUCUGUCAUGGUGGACCGAUCACGUCCGUCGUGGUUUCCGGCGAUUCUCUUGAAACGGGCUCCGUCCGGAAAGGAUGAAUCAUAA